AUGUCGAAGACAAAAAUUGAAGUGCGAUCAAGAGCGACCAUGUUCGCUGUACGAAGGAAAAUUCAUCGUCUGCGAUCUCGCGACGACCGGGCCCAUGUCCCUCAGCAGGAAGAAGAUGCCCGGCCCCCGCUCCUACAUCCGGACAGUGAAUCACCCCAGUCUCGCUUUAGCAAUGGGGAAGGCCAUGAGGCCAAGUCUAUCUAUGGAGAGCCAUCAACCGCACCUCAUAGACAACAGACUGCCGUCAGUCUUGACCAAAUUUCAACGACUGACCCACAUUCUUACAACCAAAGGAUUUCAUCCGUUGGGCUAACACAAGAGAUUAUCGACAACUUUAGUCCCGAGACUGUUCUGGAGAGUUCAACGUCGGCCCUCCCAGGAGGCAUAGGACGAUCUCAGCCCUCUUUGGGAAAUACAAAAGAUGAGAUCACGGUGGAAGACCUCCUGGGGUUUGAACUGCCUUCGAAGCGAGUCACCGAUUAUUUACUGAGCACGUAUCUCGGGGCCGUUCAUUGGUUUAUGAUGGUUUUUCACGAACCGACAUUGCGCACCAGUUAUGAGGCUUUAAUGGCCACUAGAAGGUGUGCGCGUGCCCGCUCAAAUCAUAUCAUUUUCAUGGUCCUGUUGCUUUCUCUUGGAGCACAUUAUGCUCCCGAGGAGGAAGUACACCGAAAAUUUCCUUCCUUUCAGUUGGAAACUUUUCAGAGGUUAUCUCUCAAAAGAGUCGAAGAUAGCCUGCAUACUUUGUAUGAUGCUGCCGAGCUUGAAUCGGUGCAAGUCUGUGUGCUGCUCGGUUCUUAUUACAUGUACCAUGGUCGUCCAAACCUGGCAUUUGUUGUUUUGGGAGCUGGGUUGAGAUGCGCCCAACUCAUGUCCCUACACAAAGAAUCAGCCUGGAGAUGGCAGUCAGAGAUGGCCAAAGAAGAACGGAGACGAACCUUCUGGGCUUUGUUUGUUUUCGAUCGCUUUGCUGCAACAAUAUUUGGUCGGCCCUGUGGUAUCCCCAACGGUGAAAUCGAUGUCAAAAUUCCAGAGAAUAUUGGCGAUACCACCACACAGCAUCCAAAUUUCCGUUCAACGGCGGCCAUGCCAGACGGGACUAUCGAACCGGUCACCACUUUCUCAUAUAUGAAGUAUAAAUUCAAGCUUUACCAAAUCUCAUCACCUAUCAUUGGAGAUCUGUACUUCCAUCGGAGUCCCAGCGUGUCGGCAUUGGCUGCAAAAGUUUCUCGAAUUAAUGAUGAGCUUGUCAACUGGUUCAAUGUUCUUCCCCCCGAACUCAAAUUGGAAGAAUUGUGUCGAAACCCCGUCGAACCAGCAACUCCUAGCACACGACCAUUCAUGCUCCAAGCCCUGGCUCUCCAAAUCGCCUAUGACAAUGUUCAAAUUUUGUUGCAUCGACCGCUUUUGUCGCAAGAUUUGAGAAGCUUCAAGGUAGGUUCUCGACCUCUUGAACCUGACGAAAUUAAAUAUCCUUCGGAAUUGAACAACCCACGUCAUGAGAGUCAAACAGCAUAUCCAGAUGUUCAUCAGAUAUUGCUCUCAAGUCGAGAUAAGUGUUGGGAUUCUGCAAUAAGAUCGUCCAAACUUGGCAAGUAUCAUCAAUGCUUGGUCUCUGCUCGAGAGAGUCAUGCGGCCGCAUUCUUGGGGAUCAAUCUUUUUACCGCAGGAAUGGUAUUGUGCGUGGUAGCAUUAUCACGGCCACUUUCCGCGCAAGCUCAAAUGGCAAAACAGGCAAUUGCACGAAUCAUGUCCCUUUCUCGCUUUUUGUCAGGCAAAGUCCUUUUGUCAGCACAGACAACAAAAAUUCUGAAAGAUCUCGUCCGCUUGAUUGGAGAGAAAGAAAUCAAAGCGAUGCUUUCAGGAUCAGACGUACCGGAAAGCCGUACCAUGCCAAGUGGCCAUAUAUCGAAACAACAGACGGAAAUGAUUCCCUCUCUCGCAGCAAUACCUGGACCGGGACGAGAAUUCCAGGCUGAUGCCGACAAUAUGGCGACUUCUCAAAACUCAAUUCGGACCGGUGACGAGUCGAUAUUGAGUGGAUUAUAUCAGGAUCCAUCGUUUACCGAUAGUUUUGACUUUUCCGGACUCGAAAACAUGGAUUUCAAUAAUGGAAUCGUUACAUUGCAACAAGCCAUGUUCCCGGCUUCGGCAGUGGCUACACCUGAUGUGAAUCGGUUGAUGAAUGACGGCACACAACGAGGCCCAUGGAAUCGUGAUCAAUAUAAUACAGAGCACUCAUACAUCAAUCAAACCGGUGGAAGCGACGACGGUCUCAUGAGGACGGAUUUUAACAUGAUGACCACCGUGGGACAGACUUGGUUAUGGGAUUCAGAGAACAGAUAG